AUGAGUGAAGUGAAGGAAGGAGUUAAGAUUGAAUUACUUCGUUUAAGUCCCCCUUUGUUUAAUAACAAUAUAUGGAAUAUGUUUAAAAUAAGUGAAAUGGAGAAAAUAAAUUUUGAUAAGAAUAUAAAUGAUAAUAUUAGUUUAUCAAAUGAAAUAAGUUUAAGUCUACCUAUAAAUUCUCGAAAGGUUUAUAUAGGUCAGAACUUUAAAUCUCAAAUUAAUAUAUCUAGCAAUUUAAAAAACAAUAUACAAGUGAAUUUAAUAAAUGUGGAUGUUUGGACUAGGGAUAAUAAUUUUAACAUUUAUAAAAAUGAAGAAUCAGUAAAUAUAUCUCCUAAUACCUUUUUUAGUUUUGUAACAGGUUUUCCUGUGUAUUUCUUUGAUGUUUUUACAUGCACUGCGGAAUAUAAAAUUGGAAAUGAAAAGAAAAAAUUAAAAAAAGAUUUUAACUUUAUUAGUAGAGAUCCAUUUAAUAUAAGGUCUACUUUAAUACAUAAAAAUGAUAAACUAUACAUACAAAUGAUAAUGAGAAACACUGAGGAAGAUAACAUAAUGUUAAAUGAUAUUAUACUUAAAGAUAUAAAAUAUGAAUUAAUUAAAAACCAAGGAUAUAAUAAAGUUCAUAAUGGAAUACAUUAUUUUAAACAACAUGAUGAAUAUUCUAUGAUUUUUCGUAUAGAUGAUGAAGUAAGUAAAUCAUAUAUAUUAAAUAAUACAUUAGAUAAUGAUAAUAUAACAAAUAUGGAAAUAAUAUAUUUUACUAAUAAUGGUGGGAAAGGAAUACAUAAUUUACAUUAUUUAAAGAAAAAUACUAGUACAGAUAAUUUUAAGAUAUACUUAAAAGAAAAUGAUAAUAUUUUUUAUAAAAUAAAUAAAAUAUAUAACUUUGAAAUUAUUUUUGAAAAUAAUUCUGAUGAAGAUAUGUUUUUGGAAAUUUUUGUUCACAAUAAUUCAAAUAUUCAUAUUGUUAAUAAUUUUGUUAAAGCACAUAUAAUAAAGAGUAAAACCAAAAAAUCUCAUUUUUUUUAUACUUUAUUUAUUAACCAAGGAAUUCAUUUUUUUAAUAAUAUUACUAUAUAUAAUAAAAAAACCAAAAAAAAGAAAGAAUAUAUAAAACUAUUUAAAUUGUUUGUUAAAUAA